GGCGGCUUAGCUCCACUCGCCCGCUCGAGCCCAGUCCGGCCGCUUGUGUACUGGCGCAUCCGCCCCACCUCCUUCCAGCCGCGGCAUCGCAUCUUGCUCCUCCGGGAAUCCAUAGCGCUCAAAAUCAUGUUUGAAAUUAAGAAAAUCUGCUGCAUUGGUGCUGGUUAUGUUGGUGGGCCUACUUGCAGCGUCAUUGCUCAUAUGUGCCCAAAGAUUAAAGUCACAGUUGUUGAUAUCAAUGAAGCUAGAAUCAAUGCCUGGAAUUCUGACACACUUCCAAUUUAUGAGCCAGGGCUAAAGGAAGUGGUAGAAUCCUGCCGAGGGAAGAAUCUCUUUUUUUCCACCAACAUUGAUGAUGCCAUUAGAGAAGCUGAUCUAGUGUUUAUUUCUGUAAAUACCCCAACAAAGACCUACGGCAUGGGAAAAGGUCGGGCAGCAGAUCUAAAAUACAUCGAGGCCUGUGCGAGACGGAUUGUGCAAAACUCCAAUGGUUAUAAAAUCGUGACUGAGAAAAGCACCGUCCCCGUCCGUGCUGCAGAGAGCAUCCGGCGUAUAUUUGACGCCAAUACAAAGCCAAACUUAAAUCUGCAGGUACUGUCUAGCCCAGAAUUCCUGGCAGAAGGCACGGCAAUCAAGGAUCUGAAGAAUCCAGACCGGGUUCUGAUUGGUGGAGAUGAGACUCCCGAGGGUCAGAAAGCUGUUCGUGCUCUGUGUGCUGUCUAUGAGCAGUGGGUGCCCAAAGAGAAAAUCCUUACAACCAAUACUUGGUCAUCUGAGCUUUCCAAACUGGCAGCUAAUGCUUUCCUCGCCCAGAGAAUUAGCAGCAUCAACUCCAUAAGUGCCCUUUGUGAAGCGACAGGUGCGGAUGUUGAAGAGGUUGCAAGAGCCAUUGGAAUGGAUCAAAGAAUUGGAAAUAAAUUCCUGAAAGCCAGUGUUGGAUUUGGAGGGAGCUGUUUUCAAAAGGAUGUACUGAAUUUGGUUUAUCUUUGUGAGGCUCUAAAUUUGCCAGAAGUAGCUCGUUACUGGCAACAGGUGAUUGACAUGAAUGACUAUCAAAGAAGAAGAUUUGCUUCUCGGAUCAUCGACAGUUUAUUUAACACGGUCACUGACAAGAAGAUCGCUAUUUUGGGAUUUGCAUUCAAAAAAGACACGGGAGACACAAGAGAAUCCUCCAGCAUUUAUAUCAGCAAGUAUUUAAUGGACGAAGGUGCAAAACUUCACAUCUAUGACCCCAAAGUGCUGAGGGAACAAAUCAUUCUGGAUCUUUCUCACCCCGGUGUCUCAGAGGAUGAUCAAGUAUCUCGACUGGUCACCAUUAGCAAAGACCCCUACGAAGCCUGUGAUGGAGCCCAUGCACUUGUUAUCUGCACAGAGUGGGACAUGUUUAAGGAGCUGGAUUAUGAGCGUAUUCACAAGAAAAUGCUGAAGCCAGCCUUUAUCUUUGAUGGCAGGAGACUCCUUGAUGACCUUCAUAAUGAACUGCAAGUCAUUGGUUUCCAGAUUGAGACAAUUGGGAAGAAGAUAUCAGCAAAAAGAAUUCCAUUUGCUUCUUCGUGUGACAUACCAAAAUUCAGCCUGCAAGAUCCCCCAUUAAAGAAGCCAAGAGUAUAGGUUUUAAUUGGCACAGAAGGGUUGUAAUGAAACUUCCCAUGUGAGCUGUAUACCAGCAUGGUUUAAAAAAGGGGGUAAAUGUUCAAGCCAAAGCUAAGUGCUGAAGUUCUUUUUAUUUCAUUGGGAGAGUUAAGCAUCUGGGUAAAUAUCCCCCAUUGAAAUUAAUGGGACUACAAAGAGCUUACCUCUGGCUAGAUUGUGCUAAAUAUUUUCUCAUAAUGAAGACAAUUUUACACGAGUAGUAGCAUUAUAACCUGGGACAUUUCAAUCCAGAAUCUGUUUUAUAAUCUCUAUUUUUAUAAUAUUGGAAUUUCAGACAUUGAAAUGAAAAAUGGUACAGUCAUUAAUGAUUUUAGUAAUUUUUUAUAUAAAAAAACCCCAUCAGCUUAAAACUUCCAAGACUUCUACUUUAAGAGGUUUACAAACUGCACUUUAAAUUUUUAUUACAUGUUUUAAAAUCCAAAAGAAACAAUGGGUUCCCCCCUCCUGUUUAAUACUUAUGUCAUGUAACGUUCUUGUUGAAACUUCUAAUUUGACUCUAGUUGAUUUGUGGGAAGCUUACUCAAGGACCACUUUUUAUCAUAAGUGAAGCCCAGAGGAAUGUCUGUAGUUAUUUGUGUGAAAUGUCACCCUUAACUCCACCAUUUCAGAGGUGUCCAAACACAUGAAGGAAUGCUGAUACUUUUUGCUUUUAGGCUGUUCAUGUGCCACAACUAUGGGUAACUUUUGCUGACUGCUUUGGAAGUAUUCAUUUCCCAUGUAAUCAAAAGGAAACCUCUGUUUGGUUUGAGUGAGUUAUAAUUCCACCAAUGAAUGACUUGAGCUGAUCUGAGCACCUUUAAAUUCCUUGUGAACCCGUAGCAUGAAGACCUGUUCAAUAUAUUAACAGUGCAGUCCUAUGCAUAUCUACUCAAACAUAGGUCCUAUAUAGAACAAAUACGCAACGUUUGUCCUGCAUGCCACAUUUAGCCCCUCCCACCCCUAGCUGUGGACCUCACCCCAAAAUUGUAAAAAUAAAAACAAAACAAAAAGGCAGCCAGAGCAGCUAUUUUAAAGUAUAUUUGACUCUUUGGGAGGGUUCAUGUAACAUGCCAACCUAACCAGUGUGUGUUGUUAUUGAACCGUGGAUUAUUGUGUUGUCUGAAUGCAGCACAUUUUCUGCAGGGUUGCUUGUUAACCAUGCACUGUGGGUUGUUAACCACCCUGAACAAACCAUAGGUUCUCAAGGUGAGUCGUUAAAAAAUAAAAUAAAAUCACACUGCGUGGUUAACUAGCCACUCUAUGGA